CUGCUCUGGGUGGAGUGAACUUUUAGAGACAAUGUACUAUAACAAAUUAGCCAAGAGGACUACACUAUGGCUGAGUGAAAAACACUCAGAGAACUGAAAACACCUCUUAAAAACACAAAGCAGGUCGACAGCUGAGAUGAGUGAUGUGAGUGAAGACGCGCUGCUGGAUUAUUUCUACUGCACCGGAGGCAACUCAGGCAGAGUGAAAAAUGCAGAAAUACUGAAGACAUUUAAGCCUUUUAUUGGCCACAGUGACUCGCAGUUGCGUGCUAAAUACAGAGAGGAAUUCAAGCUCAUCAUUGACCGAAUCGCUGUGGUGAAGCCGGAGAACGGUGAGAAGUAUCUAGUGCUGAAGAAGAAAUACAGACAGAUGCUGCAAGACCGAGACGUCAAAACCUCCGGGACGAGAGGGGACGAACAGAGACAUUCUCCCGCACGGUGGCGUUGGACUCGACAGACACGUCGACUUCUCCCGCUCGCCUUAAAGAAGAACAGGAUGAUACUCCUACAUAUUGUUCCUGCUCACACAGCUCCUCUGCAGCUUCCUGUCAUCCAAAUCCAUGUAACGUCAGAGCAGAGCAACAGAGACGAUGAGCUGGAUAAAGAUUCAGGAUCAAAGUCCGAGUCCGAGCAAGACGAGGAGAGUACGGGCAGUAUGGGCUCUGCUGCUGUUGCUCUGGAUCCGAUAGAGAAGGAGUGGAUCUACUCUGCUGCCGGUGCUCGGGUCCCUGACCUCUCUCAGCUUCUCAGACAGGACCCCACGCUGGCAAAUAAGAAGGACUUCACCUCUGGGUUUACCGCUCUGCACUGGGCUGCCAAACACGGCAGUGAGGACAUGGCUACUCUGGUGGCUAACGCCGGAGCUGACGUCAACACCAAAUCACAUGGGGGAUACACUCCUUUACACAUCGCAGCGUUACACGGUCACCAGCACAUUCUAGACCUGCUCACGGGAACAUAUGGUGCCAAAGAAAACUUGAGGGACUACAGCGGCCAUCUUGCCUGCCAUUAUCUGAAAAUCAAAGAACCAGAGGGUCCAGAAGAAGACUGCGAGAUACAGUUUCAAGUCACUCAGGCCAGAGAGCGAGAGCGAAACAAGAACAGGAAGUUGGUGUCGUUGUUCCACUCUAAGAAGAAAUGGGGCUCGGCGGAGGAUCUGGCUCCCAUCGAGGAGGAGAGGACGGCGUCUCAUCAGCUCACCCUUCCUCCAUUCAGACCCAGGAAGUUCUCCCGCUGAGGGAACACGGGGGAACGUCUAUGACUUCCCCCGUGUCUGCUACACUCACACAUCCACCAGGUCCUCACAGUCACUCACAUGUAGCUACACACAGAGUGUAAGCCUACAUGUAUGUACAAAGUGUUAACACAAAUCAUGUAACCAGGAUCAUACACGUUCUACCAAAGCACCACAACAGCUUCAUGAUUACUGAACCAACACAUAUGGAAUAGGAGAUGUUACAGAUGAUGCUUCGUCUUUUUUGUGUAUCAUCGAUCUGAAUGCUCACCACUAAAGUAUUUCUUGAAGCCUUUAAAAUGUUAGAGCUAUUGCUAAAUGUUACUUUUGCCUUAAUGUUUCUAAAUCAGCUCAGGCCAAAAUGUUUCUUUGAGCUUUGUUGGUGCUUCAGGGAGCAGCUCUGCAAAUGUGUCAAUGUGAUUUCAAUUCAUCUUUCUGUACCGUCUGAAAACACCACCGCACCUUCGGCAGCACUGCAUCCUAUAAUCCUAUUUUUUUAAGCUGCAGCUUUGAUUUUUCUUGCAACAGGACGUUGUGUGUGUGAUGGAGUGUCCAUGUUGAUCAUAAUGAAGGAACAUGUGACAGAGCGGAUCAAGUGUCGCUCUAUAACGUGUUUCUGGAUUCAUUGAAAGCCAGCAGUGAAGAUGUAUCAGGCCUUAAAAACACAGACAGCAAAGCGAAAAGUUCUUUAAACUUUUCUUGGAAUGUGUUCUCCGAAUGAAAAACGUAGAAAAUACAGACUUAUCUGUUUAAAAAUGCAUUUUAAGAUUUUAUUUCUUGGACUUUAAAAACAUAAUUUGUAUGUAAAUCUCUUGAAAUUUCAGUAACCAAAAAGUUUUAGACUGAUUUGCUACGUAGUCAAAAUUACAUUUUUACUGAGAGAAUUAUUUUGAAAUCACAGCUUCACUCUAAGCUGAGGGACUGUGAGAAAAGUAUUAGCAUACGGAGGAGGGUUGAAACGAAGGUUGUUUCAAUGUUUUUGAAACUAAUGUUUUAAAAUGAAAGUCUGUUUUAUUUGUAAUGAUGGAUAGUAUCAAAGUACCAAAGCUUUAAAAAAAAAAAGAAAUCCACUUCACACCUUUAGUCUUAGUUUGAACCAAAACGUGCCACGAGAGAGAAAGAGACAAAAAACAUUGCUAAAGUUUUUCUAUAAAUACAGAGUAUGCAGGACUUGGUGAUUAAAAAAGAGAAAUUUGAUGUGCUUAGAACUUUUAUUUUUGUUUAUACAAGUGUCAUACAGUAUGGAGUUUAAAAAUGUGGUGUCCUAACGACCUGAGUGAAAACAUGUGUUUCACUUUCUAAUGGAGUUUAGACAUUUGACUGUUUUUUAUGUCAUCAUCCUCCUCCUGUUGAUCAAGCUCGCAUCAAAGGCUCAUAUGUCGGGGCGUCUUUUGCCUAUUGGUUAGUGCGCGUGCCCUCGAGAGCGGGCGGGUUUGAAUCCGACCUGUGGCUCGUUUCCCUGGAUGUCAUUCCUCUCUCUCGCUCUCUCUUUCCCUGAUUUCUGAUUCUAUUCACUGUCAUAUCUCUAAAAUAAAGGGAAUAAAAAGAAGACCCUCAAAUAAACCUAAAAAACAACAAUAAAACCCUCAGAGGUCCAACUGAACUUACAUUUUUUGUAUUUAAAUUGCAUGUUAACUUUUUCAAUAAGACGUUCCAUUCUAACGCUGCGACUCUUUCCCGUGAUUAUAUGUUUAAAGGGCUUUUCAUUCAUUUCUUAUUUGUUGUAAAACUUUUGCUUGAGUAUUCAGUGUCGUUGUAAAGAAGUUUUUGUUUUUUUUCCCCCAUGCUGAUUAUAAUCUGCCUCUGUCACAUAUUUGCACAAUAUUUAUAUAAUGAAGAUAUUUUGGUAUUAAACGGUAUUUUAUAUCGA